CUAACCUGAACCUCACUCUUUUCCUCCUCCCCUACUUCCUUGUUUACAAAAAUGUGUUUGUAAAAACGUGUUUUUUAAAUUCAAUUUUCUUCUGUAUUCUUUGAUUUCACCAUGGAAUUUCGUGUGGGAAGCAUAGCGGAUUUAAUAUCUGGAACUAAUACUCCUAAUAAGAAAAAAGUAGUUAAGAAAAUUGUUGCUGCUCCAGUUGUUAAAGCUGAACCCGAAGCAAGCCUUGAUUCUAUCGAGGAAUCAGUAGAAAAAAUCAAAAAACCUAAGAAGUCAAAGAAAAAGAAUAAUGAGACUAGCGAGAGUACAAGUACAGGUGAAAAAAGGAAAAAAACCAAAACAAAAGCUGAAAUCCCUGACACUAAAAAAUCACAAACAAAUAAGAAAAGAAAGCUGGACAAAUCUGAAGCUGAUCUAGUUGAUAGUGAUGGGGAAGAUUCGACUCCUAAGAAAACAAAGUUAUCCAAAAAUGAGCAAAACGCUGCUGGUCGCAUUAAAAACAAACAAAACCAAGAAGUGAAAAAUUCCAGCGAAUACAAGGAUAAAACCUUGUUCGUCGGCAAUAUCCCCAUAAACAUAAAAAAAGAAAAAGUCAAAAAACUGUUUAGAAAAUAUGGAAUAAUUGAUAGUGUCAGAAUCAGGGGCAUUCCAGUAGCUGAUCCAAAAACUCCAAAGAAAGUUGCUGCCAUUAAAAAGGAAUUUCAUCCUGAUAGAAACACAGUUUAUGCUUUUAUUAGAUUUCAGAAUGCGGAUGACUGCAAAAAAGCUGAAGCUGAAAAUGGAGAACUUUUCCAUGAGAAUCAUUUGAGAGUACACUGCUGUGAAUCAGAAGAUACUCCUGACGAAACAAAAGCUAUAUUUGUUGGAAACCUACCAUUUAAUGCCGAAGAUGAAGAACUCUGGAAUUUAUUUAAGCCUUGUGGUGCUAUUGCUCAUGUUCGUAUUGUAAGAGAUGGACGUACCGGAAUGGGGAAAGGCUUCGCCUAUGUCAAUUUCAAAGACAGCGACGCAGUACAGCUGGCUUUAGAAAUGGAAAAAGUGAGCCUCAAAGACAGGGAACUUAGGAUUUCUUUGUGUGAUAAUAUGAGGGCUAAAAGGAAGAAGGUGGGUAAAAAGCCAAGGAAUAGGGUAAGAUAUCCAAAGGAAGGAGAAAAUGGUGAGGAGGCUCCAAAGAGAAGGAGGUAUUUCAAGAAAGAAUACAACGAUAAAAGCAAUGGAUUUAGUGGAACUAAAUUUAAUGAUAAGAACAAGAAAAAUAAAUUCAAUAAAGGCUCAUUGGAAAAGAAGACCCUAGCAAAAAAACUAGCUGCACCCAAGUCGCAAAAAAAUUAAAUGUUAGAACCAUAAGUAAGUUUUAAUAAAAUAAACUGUGC